UAUAAAUCUCGAAUGUACAUACAUAUGUAUGGAUGGUUGGUAUCCAAAAGUAUCUCUCCGAAAAUUAGAGACUGUGGGGUUAGCUCCCCAAUGAAAUUAUGAGGUAGUUUAACAUGAUCCCAGACAAAAUCAAAGCAACAACUAUCUUUGAAAUUCGUUUUGAACGCUAAGAGGGGUUUCUCUCUAUGUACAGAGAAACAAGGGAAUGUGUGUCACAAAAACUCUUGAUUAUGUGGGAGUAAGAGUGUUUCUUAUCAGAGGCAUGGCCACCUUAAUCAGAUAACGCACACGUACAUAUGCAGCAGAGAGAUCCCCUCGCAGUCGGCCCUCCUCGCCGUUCCUGGGAGAGCUUCUGAUGAGUAAGAGCCUUAUCUCCCGAGAGGCUUUGUGGGGCUUUUUUCAGUCGCGCGAGAAAAAGUAAACUUAUUUCAGUAGAAAUCGUUCGUCGGUGCUGAUCGCGCUCUCUUCUCCCAGAAACUUGAGAAAAAAGGGUGGCAGAGGACUCCGCGGAACGCUCUACAAUGGGUUGGUGGAACAAGAAAAGCGAGACGGACCGCAGCCAGCCGACAGGCCAGGAGUUGGUGCUGCAGGAUCCACGGACGCGUGUCAAGACGACCAGUGCAGCCACGAAAACGACGAACACCGCUGUGCAAAACUCCACCAUUACGGAUAGCAACAAACAAACUGUUACGUUUAUGUCCACCCGUCAGACAGUGACGCACACGCAGCAAGCUAGAGUUACUGAAAUUGUCACGCGUCGGACCCCCAGCCAAGCCGAAUUGGAAGUUCUUUUCGCCCAGAUGAGAAUGGGCAAUGAUGGCGCUACCAGCACCACAACUGUCACAACCUCAACUUCGCGGUCUCGACCCCCGAGCCUAAACGGGGUCUCGCUUCGCUCCACGCCGUCAUUCAAAGCUUCAACCAAUACCGCCGGAAAGCGGUCCAGCACACUGGUCAAGACUGAGCAAACCACUGUGUCGAAAAAGAAUGGCCGGACUGUGACUCAGCACUUGGAAACGCAACACGUCGAUCUGAAGGGCAAGACAAAGCCAACCUGGGCGCCAUUCUCUUCCUCAUUCAGCGCAUCGACGCCCACGUACGUUUCGCCAUAUACCAAAAAGCCAGGACUGGGGGCCAUCACCUACACAUCGCCCUACUCCAAAGCCCCAAGUGUCACUCCCUCAACCUCAGCCUCCAGCUCUGUUACCAGCAUUUCCAGCAGUAACAAGCCUGCUGCCAACUCCUUCACUAGCAUCUUCAAGCCACCAGUCAAGUCGACUUCGAAGCCGACCGAGGCGCCGCCCUUUGUAAGCCUGGGCAACUCAAACUCCUCCUUGGGCGGCACUAAGUCCAAGGCAAGUAGCAUUUUCGACGCCCAGGGCUCCCACAAGCCGACUUUCCCGACUGCGGUGGCGACUGCCAAGCCCACUGUAUUAAAGUCCAAGUUGAAGCCAGCCCGUGUUUAUAUCUUCAAUAACGAGAAGUUUGACACCAAAAAUGAGUUCCGCGCGGGCAGCGCCCAGGACGUGAAGGCCCUGCGGAACUCCUUUGAGCAGCUGAAAUGUAAGGUGGAAGUCAUCACUGACGCCAAUCUGGCCACGGUCAAAAAGACGGUCCGCAUGCUGGAAACCAAGGACUUUGCUGACAAGAGCGCCCUAGUUUUGGUAAUGCUCAGCCAUGGGACUCGCCACGACAGGCUCGCGGCUAAGGACGAUGAUUACUCUCUCGACGACGACGUGCUGUUUCCCAUCCUUCGCAACCGGACGCUCAAGGACAAGCCAAAGCUUCUGUUUGUCCAGGCAUGCAAGGGAGCCAACGAGCUGGGGGGGUUUAUGACGGAUUCAGCCCAGCCCAACGGGUCGCCAAACGAGAUCCUUAAGUGUUACAGCACGUACGAGGGCUACGUCUCCUACCGCACUGAGGAUGGAACUCCCUUUAUUCAGACGCUUUGCGAAGCUCUGAACAGGUCGGGAAAGACCUCCGACAUCGACUCCAUAAUGAUGAGUGUGCGACGGGUGGUCAAGACACAAACCAAGGACGGCCAAAUCCCAUCAGUCACCAGUACUCUUACCAACAAGUACGUUUUUGGAGAUUUUAUUUGAGACUUUUACCGAGAUUUGACAUCCACCAGUAUCAUAAGCCAGAGUCAUUUCAAUAGCUACAUAUUUUAGGUGCCUAGCUUUUAUCGCUGUGAAUCACAAAUAGAAUAAUUAUUUUACAAUA